GUUUACUUUCACCGGCUGUAAAUCAUAAUUUUCUAGAUUCUCCAUUCAAGCAUUACAUACAUAUUUUGUAAUCCACAUUAUGAGUGUGAUCAAAUCCGCGCGGGGCAGUCGACGGACAAGAAGAUCCUUGCUGGCUUCCGUGGUCGAUCUGGGUGCAUAUAUCUACUGCGUUAACUUCUACGACAAUGGAUUGAGUGCAGUGCGGGAUGAGUUCGUGAGGCGGGUGGUCAGUGGAUCUCGUCGGGCCGUAUUUGUCAUCGAACUGGAUAAGGAAGUAGUGGAUGCCAACAUUCAGAACGAACGAAAGUCGAAAGUUAAAAAGAAUAGUGAUUCGGGCAAUAUAAGGCCAUUAGAUCCGGUAGACGUUGCUCUAAAAUGCAUUCAGGACUGUGUCGACGAGUUUGACCUCAUAACCAAGAAGAUCGAGUCGGAGGCCAACUUCGAUCUGCACGCCUAUUGGCAACGUAAUGUACCCGCUGUCCUCAAGAACCUAUCGUCAAUGGGUGCCAAAAAAAAGGGUACCCCCGAGGCCAAGGACGGACAAGACACAGCCAAGCCCAAGACUGGAAAGUCGUCCAGCGACAAGGGGCGCCUGGAGAAGAUCCGCUGCACAUCCGUCACAGCCAAGGAGCACCACAAAGUUGGAAAGGGACUGCCGGCUUCCAAGCGAGAGUACAUUAGAGACAAUCCGCCGUUCACUAAAAUGCUGAUCCUGAUCGUGGGUCAAAUGGACAACAACUUCUACAAGAAGCUACUGGCCCACGGUCAGCCACUGCGAGCGAUCGUCCACUUUAUGCCCCAGGAGAGUGCCUACGAUGUGCUGGUGCCUCGUCCUCGGCGCGAACAGAAACUCCAGGAGGCACUGGCCAUAAUCCAGCGAGACAUCCAUUCGCUCCGAAAGAGGACUCCCUUGAAGCCGGUGGGCAUCUUUCAGCAGCAACUGCCCCAGAUGUCCGCCUGCAUGGCGGCCAAAUUCACCGACGAUGUCUUCGAUCAGCUGAGCUGGUACAUGUACGAUGUGGAAACGCUGAGGGAAUGGUACCGCUUGUACUACGUGGAGCCCUACAAGGAGACCAACGUUAAGAUGGAUCCCUCGCUGUCAUUGCAGGAAUCAUUUCACAUCGUCGAAUCACUGAGCAUUCAGGGGCACUACCUCAAGGCACAGAUGCCGGCCUCGCGACCAGAUGAUGCCACCGUCUAUCUGUACAUGGAGUCGCUGAUGAGCACUUUUGGCAAUCCCAAGGAGCUGAUGACCGAAACGGAGGUCCUGCUCCUGGCCAAUCCCACGCCCUCUGUGCAAACGCGAGUGCUGGACAAGGUCAAAGUGUAUGCGAACUCCUUCAAAAGCAUUGUGAAGCUGAACAAGAACGAUCGGUUGUUCGUCGAGCAGGCCAAUGGUCUGCUGUCCAGCGUAAUGUCCUAUAUGGACCAGUCCCUGAUGAGGAACGUCUAUCACGCCUGUCUGGAGUACAACCUAUUGCGGCGUUAUUUCACUUCCGGCUACAUAAAUCACUCACUGGCAUGUGCGCCCUACGCAGGCGCCCUGGAACCCAUCUAUCUGCCCAAAUACGCCGAACUUUAUCUCACGGAUGACUCGGUGAUGCAGCGGAUUAUUCAGCUGGUCAAGGACUACGACGACUUCAGCGUGGAGGAGGUGCAACCCAAUGUACAUCUAUACACUUUUCGACGAUCCCUGAACGAGGUAUUUGAGGAGGAGAAACAAACUGUGAUUCCCACACGUCUUUGCUUCAGGGACUUUACCCUGUACGAAAUGAAUUGUUUCCUCAACGACUUGGUCACCCCGAAAAAAUUUACCGAGAUUCAGGAUAGUUAUAUAUCACGCGAUACUGAGAGCGCCGAAUUUAUUUCCGGUCUCGACCCAAUGAUGAUCAGGUGCGAUGAGGACAACGAUCGUGUCCCUAUCGAUCCCAAGGUCUUUGUUCGACCCAAAUCGAUCAAAGGCCAGCUGGCCAAAACGAAGGAUAAGAAGGAUCAAGAGGACACGCGGUCCAUUGGCCGCAAAUCCUCCAUAAUUCAAGAGAAGAAUCGACUAUCAACAAGAUUCACGCGACUGUCUGGAAAGUCACUGACCACUUCCGUUGUGCAGCCGAAGGCAUCUGGAUUGAGUUCAAAAGAGGGAUCACAUCAUUUCGUAGGACUUCGUCCAAGGCAUCCGAUGCUGGAAGGUUAUAAUCUGGACGACACCCGGCAGACAGUAAAGUCCAAGACAUCGAAGUACUUCUUCGAUGAGGGGCGGAUUGUGCUCUACGAGGAGCGCUGGAAUUUCCGCCAGAUGAACAAAUGUCUGAACCUCGAGAUUGGCGGCCAGCAGGUGCAUUUCCGGAGUGCCGGCGAUCCUCUUGGAGUCACUGCCACGGAUGCCAGUGUGAGGAUCUCCUCGAGGAACGGCAUCAGUGUCCGGGUGUUGCCCAAACAAAGUGAAUGCGCCAAGGCAGUCCUGAAUUUUCCCAACGGCCUGAGCACCUUCUGCCACGACACCCACACGGAGCACCAUUGGCAAUAUCAGGAAAAUGAUCUGAAUGAGACCCGACGAGUUUGCACGCCUUAUGGUUGUGUGAUAGUGUUCUACCAGAAGACCGACACCAUAGUGAUCAUGCGCUACAACGGCGAGGUGUACCACUUGUAUAGCUUGACGGGUGCUGAUAACGAGGAGGAGGAGGAAAUGAACUCGGAAUUCAUCAACGCCUGCUCCACGCAGUCCACCUACUCCAGUUAUAAGCCACUUCGGGAGCCCAAGAGGAAGGACAGAAGCCGGGAGAAUUUGCCCCAAAAGCGAUCCACCAGCCGCAGUGUGGGCGGAUUGGACUCCAGCCUGCGGCCAUCGACCCAAAGUGUUGGCUCCAAGAAGAGUCUGCCCUCCAAGGCAUCCACUUUGGGUGGACGGAGGAGCCAGCUGAUCAAGAGCCAACAGGCUGCCCUGUUCGAAAGCAUUAAGUUCGAGCUUACCUACCUCGAGUUCAUCAUGGCACUGUACAAGCUGAGCUAUCGCUACCUCAAGUUGACCACUUCGCUGGGCAGUGUGGUGCAUGUGCAGAGCGAUGGCAAGAUCUGGUGCGGCAAGCCCUUCCGGAACACCGAGUGGCACGACUACUACGCCAACGAGUCCUACUCCAUGCGAGAAGACGGGGUCAAGUUGAUCUGGACGGCGGAGGAGCUGCGGUGCUACCACAACGACGGCACGGUCAUCACUUCGGGCACCGCCGUGGGCUGGGAUCCCGGCACGGAGGUCGACGAAAUCGAUAUUGAAAUCAGUUCGAGCAGCUCUCAUGCUAAUGCUGUUAGAGAUAGCUCCCUAAUGAGUCGAAAGGAAACUAUGUUUAUCAAUGCACCGGAUGGCUUGCCAUUUAGCGAUGUCAACUCGACAAUUGGAUCUCAUAGCCGCAGUUCAACCAGUAAAUUAAUUUCAGCCACGAGCGACAUAAUGCCGGAAGAGGAGGAAGGGGAGCCUUUCGACGAGAAAAGCUACAUAACUUAUAUGCCAAACAGCUAUUCCAUGAACCACAAAGUCUAUGCCGGCAUUCAAUUCACCUUUAGCCACAUCACAGAUGUGGAUCUAAAUCUUGAGACCUCGAUCUUCACCUGCGACAACCUGAAAGUUCGGAUAUUUAAGGAUCUAAAAUUUGCUGAGGACCAGCAAUCCGAACCUCAGCUGGAGACUCCGUCAUCUGAAGCCGACUCUGAUGAGUGGACCAAAACACGAAAGCCAUCUGAAGUAUCGGAACUAGAGACCGGAAAUAAUACUCCUGAUGAAAUAACACCCUCCAGUGGUGAGGAACAAUCGCCCGAAGAAUCGGAAAUUAUAGACCGCACAUGUGUGGAGGUCGAGUGCAGCAACCUGAUCUUAAUUUUAUUUGAAGAUCGGGUCACAAUUCAAACCCACCUGCGCAAGUUUGGAUGCGAUGAGAAUGCAAAGUGCGACCUACAAGUGCGUGAUGAUAUCGAAUUGAAAGUAAACUUUGCCGAAAGCCUGUCUACAACUUUUCGAAACUGGGUAGAAGAACUUACUAGCUUUAUAAACUGUUUCUGUCCCAAACGACGCACUUUGUAUUUUAUAGAAACCCAAAACAUGCAGUGCCAAAGGAAAGGGUUCGAGUUGUUGAAAUCAGUGCCGACCCUGGGAAAAUUCAACUUUUGUGCUGGCAACUACUUUAUCGAUGUAAACGAGCUGAGGUCGGUGAAUAGCCAAAUGAAAAACGAGUACGAUUGGUUUGAGAAGGAUUUGGCGAAAUUUCCACGCUUUCCACUUCACAAGAAACCGCCGCCGCAGACCGAAUUUCCCAUGGUUCUGAAUGCCAGAAUUUUCGUGGAGAUACCUGCGCAGCUAGCGAACACGGAUCGGAUACAUCAGUUUGUUUCCGAGUUUGACACGAUCAAGUUUAGGAAACAACGCUAUCGCUUCAACGAAUCGGUUCUGUUCCACCUGCAUCCGCGACUACGCCUGCUGGUUCAGCAGGAGAUCAGCAAACGCAGCUGGAAGAACCAUCAUGAAGAGCAUCGUCGUCGCAUGUUUAUAGAGCAGCAGCGCCUUAGCCUCUAUUUGGCCAUGCUAAAGCACAGGGUGUAUCCCAACUACUUCCAGUUCAAGGAGCAGUUCAACUUUCACGUGAGGAACAUCGAGUUCUUCCAGUUCAUGACAUCCAAGUGCAAUGAGAAGGUCCAACCCGAAGAGCCCAUUAUCGAUCCCGCCGAGGAGCCAACUCCACCAAGCAAAGCCAAAGGAAAGAAGCACAAAUGUGCCUGUCCCAAGUACCUUAAAUCUUUGGAUUAGAGUCAACAAAUUUACAAAAGCUUUUUAAUAGAUGAAAGAUGAAAAACUUAAGUCUAUUAAGUAUCACAUUUAUAUAAAUACAAAAAUAUAAUAA